AUGUGCAGCCAGCAACGCAGCAGAAAAGAAGUUGUAUACGAUGAUUGCAUACUCGAGGACUCCUUGUCCCAGGAUGACUGGGACAUAGAGGAGGACCUAAACGUGGUCUACGACCUGCUGCUCGGAGGACUAUGCGUUGGUGGCCUUGAUGCUGUUCAUCCAAGUCAGCAAGGUGGUGAUCGUCCUCAGGUGUGUGCUCCGCGGGAUAAUACCAUUUCUCGAGCGCAUCCGAUGGUUGUUAAAGUCCCAUCUUCGCAUCUGCGUCGAUUCCAAUAA